UUUAGUCUAAACAUUUUUGAGCGCGCAGCAAUUGAUCCUUUAUUUCUGCACUAGUGUUUGCAUUGAUAUAUUCUAUCAAAAUUUGUACUCUUCUAAUAAGCGGGCUCUGCUAUUUGAGGGAAUUUCAGAGGCUUCUGCAAUUAUCUUGGGGACGUUCUUGAAGCAGCGAGUGGGCUCUGCUAUCUUUAGCGCCGUUUUCAGUGGAUUUUACAAUUAUCUGGGGUGUGUUGUUGAAGAGGAAAUAUUACUACUGUUUUAUCUGGCAUAUCGGUUUCCCUGUGCAGUGAAGGUCUACUGGAAGGAUAUUAGUGUUGUUUAGGCUGCAUUAUUCCAGAUCCUGUAGUUUGUGCAUGCUGCAAGUCUAAGCAGGACAACAUCACAGAUGGCAAUUGUAGAUUAUCACAGCCUUCCCCGGAAAGAGCUUCAAAAUCUGUGUAAGAAAAAUGGAAUACCUGCAAAUAAAACAAAUUCCUCUAUGGCAGAUGCUCUUACUUCGAUCUUGAAGGUUGAUUAUCACAACCUUCCUCGGAAAGAGCUUCAAAAUCUGUGUAAGAAACAUGGAAUACCGGCAAAUAAAACAAAUUCCUUUAUGGCAGAUGCUCUUACUUCAAUCUUGAAGGUGGAUAAGCACGAGGUUGAUUAUUCCAGCCUUCCCCGAAAAGAGCUUCAAAAUCUGUGUAAGAAACAUGGAAUACCUGCAAAUAAAACAAAUUCCUUUAUGGCAGAUGCUCUUACUUCAAUCUUGAAGGUUGAUAAGACAAAUGUGUUUGGCUCAGCAACUACUAAAACCUUACCUCAGGAUGUUGGGAACAAAUCCAUUUCUUCUAUAUUAAAAAUACACAAUAAUAGGGAAGAUUUCACUGCAUCAAAAUUUUCUUAUGGAAGUACAUUUUCCUCUUUGGAAAUUCAAUCUCAAAGAAAAGAACCGAUGGAAGAUGCUAUGCCUUCAAUAGUGGAUACCUAUACUGAAGAGUUCACUGGAGAAAAUCCAAAGACAGAAACUGCAGCAAUUGAUAACAUUAAUAUGUCUGAGACAUCUGAAGCAGAAAAAGUUCUAUUGUAUAUCGCAUCAUUGGGUACUGAUGAUCGGAAAGAACUUUACCAUCAUGGUAAUCAGCAAAUUGCACCUGGUCCAGACACUCCUGUAGCCCUUUAUGAGGAUGCGUUGGAGGAGCUUUGUCAACAGGCUAAAUUUGUUACAAAAACUGCCUAUUCUAUAGAUGAACCUGCCAGUCCACAUGCUUUUGUUGAAGCAGUAUCUGCAAUGACUCCUAUCAAAGAUGGAUGUCAAGAUGUUGAAAUGUUGGAUCAAGAGUUGCACUAUUAUAAUAGCGAAAGCCCCGAAAACAAAGCAGACAAUGAACACAAUUUUCGUCUUGUAGAGGUUAACUGCAAAUCUGAAAAUUCUUGGCCAAUAAAGAGAACACCAUCGAAAGUACCAAAUUUCUCUAUUAAGCUGGGCACACCAGAAAAAGAAGUGUUGCUUGCCAAGUAUCAUCCUAACACAAAAACCGCCUAUUCUAUAGAUGAACCUGCCAUUCCACAUGCUUUUGUUGAAGCAGUAUCUGCAAUGACUACCAUCAAAGAUGGAUGUCAAGAUGUUGAAAUGUUGGAUCAAGAGUUACAGUAUUAUUCUACUGGAAGACCCCAAAACAAAGAAGACAAUGAACACAAUUUUCGUCUUGCAGAGGACUUUCAGAAUAGUGACAAGAAAGUUGAGAGUGUGUCACAGGUAAAUUUUCCCCAUGAUUCUCAUAAGCAAAUGCACAAGAAAAGCCUGUUGCUAGAUUUACAAGCUGAAAAGAGUAGAAGAAUUUCAAGGUACAAGGAUGACUAUAAGAAGUGUCCAUUUACUAAAUGUUUACGAGGCAUGAACAAUUUAGCAAGAGCUGCUACCUUGCGAGCAGACAUCCUAGCCAGAAGAAGGGGAUUACCUGUUGUGGGAAAUAGUUCUGCUUAUUCACAGUCUACUUCUGCACUUCAUAAUCUUCCUUACCAGAGCCAAAAUGUACAAGGGAACAUAUCCAUUUCUUCUAUAUUAAAAAUACACAAUAAUAGGGAAGAUUUCACUGCAUCAAAAUUUCCUUAUGGAAGUACAUUUUUCUCUUUGGAAAUUCAAUCUCAAAGAAAAGAACCGAUUGAGGAAGAUGCUAUCUCUUCAACAGUGGAUACCUAUACUGAAGAGUUCACUGGAGGAAAUCCAAAGACAGAAACUGCAGCAGUUGACAACAGUAAUACAACUAAGACAUCUGAAGUUGAAAACGUUCUAUUGUAUAUUGAAUCAUUAGGUAGUGAAGAUUGGAAAGAACUUUACCAUCAUGCUAAUCAGCAAAUUGAACCUGGUCCAGAUACUCCUAUAGCCCUUUAUGAGGAUGCAUUGGAGGAGCUUUGCCAACAGGCUAAAUUUGUUACAAAAACUGCCAAUUCUAUAGAUGAACCUGCCAGUUCACAUGCUUUUGUUGAAGCAGUAUCUGCAAUGACUCCUAUCAAAGAUGGAUUUCAGGAUGUUGAAAUGUUGGAUCAAGAGUUGCACUAUUAUUCUAGUGAAAGCCCCAAAAACAAAGCAGACAAUGAACACAAUUUUUGUCUUGCAGAGGUUAACUGCUCAUCUGAAAAUUCUUGGCCAAUAAAGACAACACCAUCAAAAGUAACAAGUUUCUCUAUUAAGCUGGGCACACCAGAAAAAGAAGUGUCGCUUGCCAAGUAUCAUUCUACAACAAAAACUGCCUAUUCUAUAGAUGAACCUGCCAUUCCACAUGCUUUUGUUGAAGUAGUAUCUGCAAUGAUUAACAUCAAAGAUGGAUGUCAAGAUGUUGAAAUGUUGGAUCAGGGGUUACACUAUUAUUCUACCGAAAGCCCCCAAAACAAAGAAGACAACGAACACAAUUUUCGUUUUGCACAGGACUAUCAAAAUAGUGACAAGAAAGUUGAGAGUGUGUCACAGAUAAAUUGUCUCCAUGAUUCUCAUAAGCAAGUGCACAAGAAAAGCCUGUUGCAAGAUUUACAAGCUGAAGAGAGUAGAAGAAUUUCAAGGCACAAGGAUGACUAUAAGAGGUUUCCAUUUACUAAAUGUUUACGAGGCAUGCACAAUUUAGCAAGAGCUGCUACCUUACGAGCAGACAUCUUAGCCAGAAGAAGGGGAUUACCUGUUGUGGGAAAUAGUUCUGCUUAUUCACAGUCUACUUCUACAUUUCAUAAUCUUCCUUACCAGAGCCAAAAUGUACAAGGGAACAAAUCUAUUUCCUCUAAGACAACUCAGACAUCUGAAGCAAAAAACGUUCUAUUGCAUAUUGCAUCAUUGAGUGCUGACGAUCGGAAAGAGCUUUAUCAUCAUGCUAAUCAGCAAACUGAACCUGGUCGAGACACUCGUAUAGCUCUUUAUGAGGAUGUGUUGGGGGAGCUUUGCCAACAGGUGAAUGAUAGGCUGGACAAUGAUACCAAAAUAUAUACUCAUGACGAGCAAACAACAAUUAAUGUGCAAAGAGUGGAUCAUUGGGGUCAGGAAGAGCUUUGUCAACAGGCUAAGUUUGUUACUAGAAUUGGUGAUGAAUAUUCACUGGGUAGCACAUCCACUUCCUCUCUUUGUGAAGAUGUGAAUGAUAGGCUGGGCCACGAUAAUGAAAUAUACACUAAUGAUGAGCAGACAACAGUUGAUAUGCAAAGAUUGGAUCAUUUGGGUCAGGAAAAACAUUGUCAACAGAGUAAAGUUGUUACCAGAAAUGCUGAUGAGGAAUCCUUACAUUGCACACCCAGCCUUUCUACUUGUUCAGUAGUGAAUGCAGGUGACACCCAUGAAGAUAAGUUUUCUCCUGGUCAUGAGGAGAGGUCAAUUCAUGUUGAAGGAGUAGAUCUUUUGUCUCAGGAGAAAGAAAUAUACAUGAGAGAUCAGGAAGAAAAUGAUAUUGAUCCAACACUAUUAUUAUCUUGUGAAAGGCUGAAAAAUCACAUUGACACGGAUAAGAAUAGCCAGAGGCACAUAGAGACGGAUGACAAAAAAGAUUUGUUUGCAAUGGAAAUGGUUAUAGAUGAUGAAAUAGUGAAACAUGAUCAAUUAUGGAACCAACCACCAUUUUGUAGAGGAAAUGUGGAGGAAAUUGACAUUGAUGACAGAAAGAAUUUGUUUGAAAAGGAAAUGGCUGUAGAUGAUGAAACAGUGAAACACGAUCAACCAUGCAACCAACCACCAUCUUGCAGAGGAAAUGAUGAAGUUAAGGAAAGUAUGGUCAAGAUUCAGACAAAUCAGCUUUUUGUCUGCCACGUUAAUGGGAUUAAGCAAUUUGUUGACCUUGAAAAUUCUAGUUCAUCACAAUGGAUGAAAACCAAUAAAUGUGAGCUUUCUGAGUUAAAACCAGCAAGCUGUAAAACCAUCAGCAAAGUUGAUGUGACAGCAGAAAGCAGGAAAAUUAAGUCAGAUACGAUCACUGAUUUUCAGCUACUGAGUUCAGAUUUUGAGAGGUUUUCAGAUCAAAAUCCAACUACAUGCUCUUCAAAAUUCCUUGGAAGCCAGAAUUUUGGUUCCAUGUUGCCCAUUACUAAGAAAUUAAAUGUCUGUAGGGAGCUGAGACGCACCUCCUCAUUACUUAUACCUCCACAUGGUGCAAAUAGAGGCUUAUAUCCUUUAAUGACUAAGAAAUCAAGCAGGCUCUCAUAUACUUUCAUGUCUCAAAAGAAUACAAUAAAUGAAUUUUGCCGAGAAGGUUCCUAAUUACAGGAACAACACAGAUUAUUUGUUAAAGUUAAAUUUGAUCAAGUCUUGCAUAUUAGAGAGUGAAUAGUGAAUAUGGACCUACUGAAAAGGUCAGAGAUAGUCAAACAAGACACCAGGGACAAUUAAAGACCCCUCUGAGAGGGAAGUUUAAAGAAAAAGCAGUGGAAGUUGCCAAGACACAGGUAACUUACUAGAUUUAAAUUGGAUCAACUCUUAAAUAUUGGAGACUGAAGAUGGAUAUAUUAAAAGCUUGGAAGGCAGAAAUGACACCAGAACAGUUUAUGACUUCUUUGAGAGGGAAUUCUAAAGAAAAGGCAAUGAAAUUUGCUAAGAAAAUGGCCUUUGUUCAAUGUAAUGAGACCUUAAAUUCGAAAAGGGGAAUCACCACAGUUAAUUAGCUCCGUUUCAAAGGGAAUUACUGCAGCUUUUGGCUUUUUCUCUUCUAACAGCAGUAGCAGUGAUUGAAAACUGUGUUGCCAAUUUUACGUGUUUGGAUCUUUUAUAGAUGUGAGCCUUCCUGGACUGGCUUUCCAAUUUUGAGAAAUUAUCUUACUGUCAUUGAUUGCAACUUCUGCGAUAGCUCUCUUGAGAUUGCAGAGUAUGCUAUAAGAGAUAUCAGAAAAUACAGAAAACUGCAAGAUGGGAUUCGCUAGACUUCCAAGCGUACAAAGCAGAGGAAAGUGAAAGUCAGAGGAAAGUGAAAGUAUUCUGUGGUAGAAUAGUGGUGUUUAAUGUGCGUGGAUAACACACCCAACACUUGAAGGUGAGCCUUCCUGGAAUGGCUUUCCAAUUUUGAGAAAUUAUCUUACUGUCAUUGAUUGCAACUUCUGCGAUAGCUCUCUUGAGAUUGCAGAGUAUGCUAUAAGAGAUAUCAGAAAAUACAGAAAACUGCAAGAUGAGAUUCGCUAGACUUCCAAGCGUACAAAGCAGAGGAAAGUGAAAGUCAGAGGAAAUUGAAAGUAUUCUGUGGUAGAAUAGUGUUUAAUGUGCGUGGAUAACACACCCAACACUUGAAGGUAUAGAGAUCUCAGAAGCAAAGCAUGGUGAAGAGAGCGUGGCAUAGAAUCUGAACUUCUUUAGUGAACAGCAAUAAAAACAUUCAAUAUUUAUUGUUGCUCCGCACCCAUGAAGGAGAAGCAACAUAUAAUUGUGACUUGUGCUCAACAUUUUCUAUUGUUUUCAUUAGAUUAAACAGGUCUCUGUUGGAUUUGGUCACUUUGGUCACUUUUAGUUUUAAACUGUGUCAGAAAUAGUUUCAUCGUCAACCUUUGGUUCAUAUUACAUGAUCCGUCAUUAGAUUGAAAUAAAUAGAGGGAGACCAGAAUUGCAAGGAUAGCUGCAUAUUCGUGAAAAUAAAUAGAGGCAGGGUGGAAUAUUCUAGGACUUAGAAUAUAGAAAAGGGAGGAUGAGAGAAAAACUCAAAACUCAAAACAAAAAUAAAUAACAAUUAGAAUGAAUAAAUUAUAUAACUAUGUAUAUAUAUUAUUAUAUUAUAUAUAAAAACUUUUAUAUUAGGCACUUAAGUAGUAUAUUAUAUUGUUGGCUUCACGGUCAAGAGAAACUUGAGAGUUCCAUACGCAGUUAAAUAAUAUAUCACCCUGCAUCUCUUUCACCAAAGAAAUAGAAACCAAUAAUGAACUCCCCUUCCUCAACAGUUUACUUAUGAAAAAAGAUGACAUCUCCUUAGCUCAUCGGGUUUUUUUGUAAGGCGACCCAUAUUGACCUCUACCUUAACUCUUCCUCUCACCACCACCCAGCUCAAAAAACUAGGGUCCUCAAAUCCUUGGCCUCGAGCCUUUUUGCUUUGUGAUGAUGAAAAUAUUGAUGAAGAAAUCACUCAUCUUACCCAAGUCUUUAAAUUAAAUGGCUACAAAACUAAGCACAUUGCUAGAGCCGCUAAACAUGCCAAGUCUUGGGCCUCCACCAAGCGUGGAGUUGUCUCCUCCUCUUCCCCUUGCCCCUUACCUACUACCUCUCUCCCUUAUGUUGAAGGCCUAUCCAACAAGAUAUGUAGAAUAGUACAUUGGUGAAAUUGGUUGCUCUAUUGAAACCAGAACCAAAGAGCAUUGUGGGGACAUCAGACAUGAGCGAGUCCUAAAAUCUGCCUUGGUGGAAACACUGCACGAAGACCAAACACCACAUCCCCCUGGAGGAGACUCAAAUUUUGAUCAAGGAAAAUAACUAUUUUAAGAGAAAACUCAAGGAGGCUAUUGAAAUUGCUAGCCACCCUUCUAACCUUAAUCGAGAUAGUUGUUGGAAUCUUAGCUACACCUGGCAACACAUUUAGACCUCCUCAAUAACCAGUGUACCCACAACCUUCUCAAUCAACCCCCAACUUGAUCCCCUUCCAAUCCCUCCUCUCCCCCUUGCCCCUUCGUCUUCUCUGUCCUUUUUUUUCUCUUCUCACCCCAAACUCCUUGUUCCUUUUUUCUUCAUGCCCUUGCUUUGUUUGUUUCUUCCUUUCAUUGGCUUCUACCCUUUUCUUGAGGUUCUCUUAUUUACGGUCUCAAUUUUCUCUGUUUAUUCAUAUUUUAACAUUUAUUUUUUAGAUUGUAUUUUUGCUUAUUUAUGAACUAUUUGUUUUUUCUCAUUUGUGUGUUUUUAUAUAUUUAGUAAAUAAAGGUA